AUGGACGUGCUCAAGCAGAUCCUCAUCAUCCUUCUAGCGAUAUGCUUCAUAAUCUUCAUCACCUUUUUCGGCAGGCUGCCCGCUUUGAGGAACACACCCAUCGCUUGGCUACACAAGCUGAUAUGGAUCUAUAUACCCAACAUAGUAUUGAGCAUAGACCAGACGCUCACCUCUGGGAGGGUGACUGGAUCCCUAUCAUGGCUCUACCGCCGUCUUAUGUAUGACCGCCAUCCAACCAUCGUGAUCUUCUUCUUGUUAAUCAUGACCGUGUCCGAGUACAUGUAUCUGCCCGCCGUCUGGCCCAGGAUCGGCCUCUUGGCGCAAUCCACCGCCGCCAUCACCGUCCUGAUGCCCUACGUCUUCCUCUACCUCGCCUGCUCCGCGGACCCGGGCUACAUCACGCGCGAGAACCACGCGUACCACAUGUCCCUCUACCCCUACGACUACGCCCUCUUCCACCCGGGCAACGAGUGCCGCACCUGUCGCUUCCUGAAGCCGCCGCGCUCCAAGCACUGCGACGUCUGCAAGCGCUGCAUCGCCCGGGCCGACCACCACUGCGUCUUCAUCAACUCGUGCGUCGGCUACGGCAACCACCACUGGUUCCUGCUCCUCCUCUUUUCAACGUGCAUCCUGGUCACCUACGGCGGCCUGCUGGGCCUCCAUCUGCUCACGUCCAAGAUCAGGGAGGACUACCCGGCGUGGACGCUCUGGCCCGCCAGGGACAUGGAGUUCCACCGCUACCUCGCCAUCUGGGGCUGGGGCCUCCACGGCGACAUCCGCAUGGGCGCUUCCACCCUCCUCGCCCUCCUCACCGCGCCCCUCAUCUGGGCCCUCUUCAUCUACACCCUGUUCCUCGUCUACUGCGGCACCACGACCAACGAAUCCAUGAAAUGGACGGAUUACAAGGAGGACAUGAGAGACGGCUACGCCUUCUGGCGUCCCUUGGCCCUCGACCGACCGCGCAACUUGCGCCUUGAGCCCCCGUGUCCCCGAUGGCCCUCGGCGCCGGAGCACAUCAUCCUGACCACCCAGGACGCGCAGCCGCCGAGCCGGGAGAGGAACUUUGCCGGCCAGGGCGAGUGGGAGCGCGUGUGGGACCUGGACGACGUCGACAACAUAUACGACAUGGGCUUCUUGCAUAACCUCGGCGACAUCUUCUUCUCCAACUACAACUUUGGCGACGGAACGGGCGAGCCCCCUACGGAGCGUCGACCGCGGGGAAGAAGUAUAACCGCCAAGUCUGGAUACCCUCAGUGA